AUGCAAGCUAUUCGUGUGCACCCAGCUCCCCCGUCCUGCGAUCCUUAUUCACCUUCUAACCCUGCACCGGUUUCUGCCUUGCAUCUGGAUGAGGAUAUUCCCGUCCCCAAGUUGUCGAAGCCUGGCGAGCUGCUGAUUCGCGUCAAGGCCACGACAGUGAUUCGGGACAUGCUGACCUGGCCUGAGACAUAUCGCCAUGAUUAUGCUAUUAUGGGAAAUGAUCUAUCUGGUAUCGUGAUUGAAACUUUCGAUGACAACAGCAAAUUCAAAUCUGGCGAUGAGGUCUUUGGUAUGACGCAUGUGGAUCGUGCAGCGGCCUGGGCAGAAUACACAAUGGUCAAGGAGGAUGAAGUUGCUCUCAAGCCAAAGUGUUUAAGCUGGGAGGAGGCUGCGGCCUUACCUCUCAGUGCCCACACAGCCUACGAGGCCUUGUUUGUCCAUGCUGGUCUUGCUAUUCCUUCUGUGGAUACUGCGUUGAGGAAUAAAGCGCAGUCCUCUCAGCAUCAGAAGCAAAUAUUGAUCACCGGGGCUGCCGGCGCUGUGGGAAUCCACCUGGUGCAGUUGGCCUCUGCUGCAGGACUGCACGUUGUGGCCGCGACUAGUUCUAACGCGCGGAAUCAAGAUUUCCUUCGCAGCCUUGGGGCGGACGAAACGACUGAAUACGCCCGGUUAGACGGCUACCAGUCAGACUUUGAUAUCAUUGUGGACGCGGUUGGCGGCGACGUGCUGGCCAAGUGCUGGAACUACGUCAAAGAUGAUGGGGUAUUGAUUUCCGUUGACUCUGCCAGCUAUAACUUCGUGGAGGAGCAUCAAAAGCGUGGAAUCUGCAAGGAAGGAGUCCAAGCUUUGUUUUUCAUUGUCACUGGGAGCGGCGAGGCUUUACGAUAUUUGGCUGAACUUGUAGAGCAAGGCAUUCUGCAGUCCCUGGUUAUUCAGACGUACCCUUUCCGAAGGGUGCGAGAGGCGUAUGAGCACGCCAACGGACGGCAUACGGGACGUGGGAAGAUUCUCCUCACUAACUGA